AUGGACAAGAUGCGCAUAUUUCCUGCGAAUACGACGAAUGUCCGGUACGAAAUACCAUGGAAUGAGCAGGACGACGACAUUUCUAUGCCAGGAGGCUUUGAAGACUACCCUUGCAGGCGUUCACAAAGUGGAUUUGAGCUGGAGGGAAGCAAGAAACAGGCGUGGGGAUUUGAGCUCAACGCGCAGUUUGCGUCUCUGCGGCCGCAUCGAGUUAGCGUCGCCAGUGCAGAUGGAGAAGACGGUGGUCAGAUGCAUCUUGUCAUGCUCGAUGAUGGCCUUCUGAUAUUGUGCGUUCCAGAUGAGUUACUUCCAGAAGGCCGUCGAGGUGAUGGCGACACUACUUUUGUGGGGAUCAAACAACAGCUGGAAUGGGAGUCUCGAGGUCUAUGA